CCGGACCUACCUGGGCCCCUCCCUUUCUGCCUGCAGCACGCCGCAGCCACUUAAACCGCUGCAAACGGCCUGGACCACCGAAACGCCGACCGACCGCUGAGGCGGACGGAUAUAUCGAGAAGGGAAAAGGGAGAGGGAGAGGGAGAGAGAGAGAGUGUGUGUAUGUGUGUGUAUAUCCAUAUUCGCGAGGGAGAAAUUGAGGGACAGUGAGAGUGCAGGUGAGAAAGACGGACGCUGCGAAGAGAGGAUGCUGUCAGCAGCUGUGUCGUACUCUCUUUCUGCUGUGUGAGGUGGCACAAGCAGUGGUUGGUUGUGGUCGCGGUUGCUGCUGCUGCUGCUGUUGUUGUUGUUGUUGACGUCCAGGAGUUGUCCCGCUGUUGGACACCACACCCACAAUACUGAAUACUCAGGUACUAUACCUCGAACCUUGACCUCCCCUGCACUGCUGCUGUCACAGAGUGGAAGCCUGCUGCCCCAAAAAGAGUAAACAGCACAGCGCUUUAGCGCCAAACUGUUCUAGCACAUCACAGAGACGUCGGGAUUCGUCCGCUCACAACCAUGGCGACCAGCUUCGACAGGCAUCCCAUUCACUACAAACACCACUCCGCAACUGCCACGACGUCAACACCGCAAAUCGAACUCUGUCGCCUGCCACCUGAAUCGCAACUUGACGCUCCCAGCACGACUCGUCAGCGACAAGAAACUGGCAGGCAGAUCCUGAAACAGGAACAACAGCAUCGCUGGCUGGAGAUCAAAUCCCACCGACCGGGGAAGCGACUCUCUCCAGGCCUGGAAGCACGACUGCAACGACUGCACCACAGCCGCAGUCCUUCCCGCCGGAGCAGCCAGUCGAGCAUCGGACGUAUUCCCGAGUCUCAGCUGGAAGAAUUGGAGAGCCUGCAGCGCGAGCGCGAGGUGGAGACGCGCCGCCGAGGUAUCGAGUGGACUCGCAGCAGUAACAUGCCGUUUGGAGGCGGUGUUCGAUUAAGCGGAGGCCCCGUCUUGACGGAUACCGAAGCGAGCGAAUUGAGCGCCUUUGAAUCUGAUGUCCAUGGGAACGGCGGCCACUCAGAAUUGGAUGGGAGGACGCUAUACGCGAGCUCGGCUUACGCGAGCUCCAUUAUUGACAUUUCUGACGCGCUUGUAGCCGGCAGCACCACCGACGAAGAUACGGGCAUUGACGAGCAUCUGAGACGAGAGGCGAGCUUGGUCGACAAUCACAAAUAUCGUAUGCCGGAUAUCGCAAAGACCUUAUUACAGGUGAGAACGAAAACACUGCCCACUUCGGUCCCGAGCCUCGGUCCUGCGGGGCCUUCGACGAGUGAUGCGAACCGUAUGCCGAUGGCGGACAGUCGAGAAAAACCACUACCGCAGCUGCCGAGCUCCCCAAGCAGGACAAUUUCCACGGAGACAAUUAGGACGAAUGGGCAGGGCAUAAGUCCCAGUCCCAGCGGCAAACUGGAUUUUGGGAAUUGGCAGGCGGGAGAAGCGAGCGCAGAUGGCGCCGGACUAGAGAGAAGCAACAGCAAUGCCUCAUUUCAACGGCCAAGUCUGUCAAGAGCAGGAUCGAUAUACACAUUGGGUCGCGCUAGUUUCACGGGCCAGCUCGCGCAGCUUACUUCGAUGCGAUUGCCGGAUGCGGAUUCACUGGCGAGGAGGAUAUCUGCCCUGCCAUCGGCGAGCGAAGCCGCAAACGCGCUGUCAGAUGCGUAUGAACAGAUCAGGCUGUGGAUCGCAAAAGCAAAGGAUGCACUGGAGGGACUGAAUGCGGAGAACGACGUGGAAUGGGCAGCGGCGGGCGGCAGGGACGGCAUCGAAGAUGUGGACAAGGCGAUUGGCAGAUUCCAGCGGCUGGUGGAAGUGUACAUUUUGUCCAUCGAGCGACUACAGACUCGAGACGACGUUCAUCAGCUCACCGCAGAUGAGAUCCAAACAAAUGUGGAGCAAAUGGAAAACAUUGUCAGCAGUUGGCAGCAGAUCAAGGACACCCUCAAGGGCAUCAAAGAGCAGGUCGAGAUCGCAAUGGAGUGGCAGGACAUUUGGGACAGGGUAUUGGGCGAGAUUGCACAAGAGAUGGAGGGCUUACAUCAGCUGGUGUUCGAGAUGGAGGAGCGGAGACACCAAGGCUCGGAAAGCGUUCUCUCUUCCCGUGACAGUAUCGAGAUCAGCGAGCUGGAGACCAUCGUGGAAGAACAGCCUGGAGGGAGCCGAAUGCACAAGAACCGGCUCAGCUUGGUUGCACCGUACACGAAUGGACUCCCGACGACGCCUCCUUCACUACCUACGCAUAUUGUGGACAAAGAGGAUUCCAGCCUGCUUGCGUUAUUUGCCAGGAUGCAACCAUUGAGGGCUAAUCUGGACUUCAUGCCUAUGCGCUUGUCCUCGUUCCGAAUGCGUGGCAACGCCAUCUUUCCGAGUGCCUGCACAGAUCUUGACCAGCGUCGGGAUCAGCUGGAAGCACAAUGGCAACGACUUGAAGCGGACGCGGAGUCGCUGCGUCGUGAACUGGGAGAGGAUCGUUGGAUCACGGUGUUCCGCAACGCUGGUCGCCAAGCGCUCAAGAUGUGCGAAUCCAUCACACGAAGCUUUCAAAAGCUGAAGGCCGGCGCCGAUGUAGACGAGCAACAUGCGAACCCUGCAGCAAUGCAGACAAAGGUGGACAAUUAUGAGCAGAAGAAGAGGCACUACGGCCCUGCCAUCGAACGAGUGCUCGCCAUCAUCGAUAGAGGCGUAACGGACAGACUCACUGUCAAUGGUGAGAUCUUGAGGUUGCAGAGUGACAUGAAAAGCAGAUGGGCGGCGUUGCAGGAAGAGAUGAAAGAAAUGGAUGCCGUGGUGGCUGGUAUCCAGGAAGAUUUGACCAAUGUAGACAAGCAGGAUCAUCAACUGCGAGACUCGGUCUCUACAGUGGUCUCUACGGAGCGAUCGAUAGCAAGCAGUCUUGGUGUCGACACGCCCGGCAGCUCACCUGCCAGUAGCGUCGUUGUCAGAAGUCGAAAGGGUAGCGGUGGCUCACGCACACCCACACUAUCGUACAACAUCAAGCUUCACAACGGCAGCAGCAGCAGCAGCAGCAAAGAACCCAUCAGCAAGCUAUCGCUAACACCGGCCUCGCUGCCGCGGCGAAGCCUCCUGCCGAAGAAGUCGUUGUCAGACACGCGCAGCUCCUACCGCGCUUCGUCCUUACCACUCGGCACACCAUCUCCAAAGCAGCCUGUCUGGCCUAGCAGGCCCGAGCACACGCCGUCGAGUAACAAGGCUCGAUUCAGUGCUGCAGUGAAGAGCGAUGACAAAGGCUUUGCUCCACUCAGCGCUUUCGAACCGAGCAAGUAUGCAAAGGCACCAGUGACGCCCAAGAGGAACUACCUUCGCGCAGGCACGUACGUACCUCCUGUGCCGGCUCUCAUUCGCACACCUGCAUCAGCAUCCAACCUACGGGCCGUCAGUGGACCUGCAUCAUCUCUCCCGAGACCAGCGUCGAGUAUGAACACUGCGAGCGGUCGUGCUCGUAAGUCGAGUCUGCCGGUUCGCAGUGAUGGCACACCCUCGAAAGCUGCCACAUCAGCCAAUGGUGCAAGAAACCUCAAAACAAAGGCAUCGGCUCCGGCUCUCCGACCUGGCAGCCGGCUAGCGAGUGGCCGGACAAGUAGAACGAUGCCAACACGAGGAGUGCGAGAAGAUCCUACCAGCGGCAAUGAGGCCGACAAUGAGGCGCCUGCGCAUCACAAGCGGCCGCCGAGUGCUCUGGCCCUGAGCGGAAGACAUUCCCAAGCUGGACGACGCAGCAGUCUCAUGCAAAGUCGCAUGGGUGAAGAAGAUGCUGCUGCUGGAAGUGGAUCAGAGGGUCCGAGACCGAUAUGGAGACCUUGAGAAAUCUUCACCAUGGACAUUGGUGUCUCUGGGCCGUGUCGUCCUUGAUCUUGUUGUUGUUGUCGUGACGAUGCAAACAUUCUUGUGGACCGAAAUCAUCAAAUCGCGUGUCACGACCAAUCGUUUCAUUUCACUGAAGCGUUUUUGUUUUGUACUUUUUUUUUGCUGAAUUGAAAGCGAGUCAGGCGCUGGACGGCACAGGAGACAAGUUUCAGAGCAUGCCAUGUUGUUGUACUGGUGGGUGGUUUGUUCAGCGUUUUGAAGUCAAGCAUGUUCCGACGGCGCUAGGUAUUCAGCAAAGUACCUAGGUACCCAGGGAA